UGUAACCUCGGGAGUUGAGCCACGAGCUGUUGUGCACCCAGAGGUGGAAUUAGGGCCCGGCAUUCCCUCCUCGUCCCGGGCCGGGCCUUGCCCCCACCCUGCAACUCCUGGUUGAGAUGGGCUCAGCCAAGAGCGUCCCAGUCACCCCAGCGCGACCUCCGCCGCACAACAAGCAUCUGGCUCGAGUGACGGACCCCCGUUCACCUAGUGCUGGCAUCCUGCGCACUCCCAUCCAGGUGGAGAGCUCUCCACAGCCAGGCCUAGCAGCAGGGGAGCAACUGGAGGAUCUUAAACCUGCCCAGGACUCAGAUCCCCGUUCUCCUACUCUUGGUAUUGCACGGACACCUAUGAAGACCAGCACUGGAGACCCUCCAAGCCCACUGGUGAAAGAGCUGAGUGAAGUAUAUGAAACUGAAGACUCUAAAUCGAAUCCUCCCCCAGAGCCUGUUCUGUCCCCGGAGGCAUCUUUAUCUUCUGAAUUGGACCUGCCUCUGGGUACCCAGUUAUCUGUUGAGGAACAGAUGCCACCUUGGAACCAGACUGAGUUCUCCUCCAAACAGGUGUUUUCCAAGGAGGAAGCAAGACAGCCCACAGAAACCCCUGUGGCCAACCAGAGCUCGGACAAGCCCUCAAGGGACCCUGAGACUCCCAGAUCUUCAGGUACAGAAUCUAAAGGCAAGAUGUAGGGAAGAUAAGCCAGGAUAAUGUCCGUGGGUGAG